AUGCAUUGUGUAGCAAUUAUAUCCAGAAAUUUGCAUGAGCAUGAAGACAAUGAACGUAAUCCAACAACAAGGUUACCCUCACCAAUACGUAAAACCAUAUCUAAUCAUGUUAAAUGUGGAUUAUCACAAUCUCAAACUAAAGCAUCAUUAAUUACAAAUUAUCCACAACAUUCAAUUAAUCAAGAUAAAUUACACAAUUUAAUAGUUUAUGAACAACGAAAAGAUAGACCAAAAAUAUUUUCAAUUCAUGAUUUACAAAACUACUCAACCGAUGCCAAUCGUCAUUUUAAGUCAUUUGGUAUGGCAUUAAUUUCAGAAGAUGAAAAUACCGAAUGUUAUGUUAAAUUAUUUAAUUCAAUAAAAACAUUCGCUGUUCAACUUAAUCUACAAUGUUUAAUAAAUCAAAACGACUUCUAUUAUUUAGCUAUUACAAGUGCACAAGAAAUGAUAUUUCCAAAUAGUCGUCGACUUAUGUGUUGGAGUCAUAUGAUUAGAAAAUGUCGAAAACAUCGUAAUUUAGUUGCAAAAAAUGAUUGGCAAAUUAUUGAUAAAGAUAUUCAUACACUUCAACUUGCUUUUACUGAUGAUCUAUUUGACCAUGGUGCUACAUUAUUAUUACAAAAAUUGAGUCUUAUUCCAACAAUGAAAAGAUUCGUCGAUUAUUUUACUGAACAAUGGGUUUCUAAAAUACAUUACUGGUACGAAGGUGCCGCAUUUGCUAAACCGUCCACAAAUAAUGGACUUGAAUCACUUAAUGGAAUUAUAAAACAAAAAUAUACAUUACGUAACAAACUUCAUUUAUCUACUUUUCUGCCUAAAGUAGAAACUAUGUUAUUCGAUUGGUCGGAAGCAAGUAUUAUAUCGCCAUUUUCUACUUUAACUGAUAUAACACCUGAUGUUGAAUUAAGUGCUUAUAAAUGGUCAUUAAAUGUGAAUCAAUCUGAAAUUUUAAAUUGGUUUAAUAAUUAUUAUAUUGUUCCUUCUUCAACUGCUGUUAUGACAACGUCGAUGUAG